CGCGGCCGUCGUCCGUUCAGUCACACCGCGACCGCGGACGAAGACGAAGACGAAGGCGGGAAGAGGGCGAGGGCGCUCCACUUGGCUGUGCCAUUUCUAUUUCCACCGCCAGCGCUGUGCCAGCCACUCCAGCAGUCGGCGCGCGUCGCGUCCACGAGCUCCACGAGCCACUCACUGGGCCAGGCACUGAAAUAGCGGCAGUGGGCCAAAGGCAGCCAACGGCAGCCAACGGCAGCCAGAGGCUUCGAACGGAACGGAACGAAGCGGAGCAGCGGCUGUCGUCGGCAGCGACAUUCAAAGAGCACGCCCGGCACGGUCGCCGAGUCAGCCAACAACAUGCUGCAAAAUUGGUCCCGCCGCACCAAAUGGCUGGUGAGCAUCGCAGCUGCUGCGGUGAUUGUGGUGGUGAUUGUCCUCGCAGUGGUGCUGCAGCCCCAGGAAGACAAGGGCUACAGAGGUGCCAUCGCGACGGACGCGGCCCCCUGCCAUGAAGUGGGAGAGCGGCUGCUCCGCGCGGGCGGCAACGCCGUGGAGGUGACCAUCGGCAUCCUGCUCUGCGAGGGCGUCUCCUCGGCGCAGAGCAUGGGGCUGGGCGGCGGCUUCCUCAUGACCAUCUACGACCGCAAGAAGAAGAAGUCGUACGUGAUGGUGGCGCGCGAGCCCGCCGCCCUCGCCGCCUUCGAGGACAUGUACCACGGCAACGGGAACCUGUCGCUAUACGGCGGCAUGGCGGUGGCCGUCCCGGCCGAGCUGGUGGGUUACGACGUGCUGUACAAGAAGUUCGGGGGCAGCCUGACGUGGGCCCAGCUCGUGGAGCCCACCAUCAAGAUCUGCGAGGACGGAGUGCCCAUCAUCCAGUAUGUCGAGAACAUCGUCAACGGUCCCAAGGUCGGCCCGAGGAUCCUGGAGUCACCCACUCUGAGUGAGAUCUUGGCGCCGGGCGGCAAGCUGCUCAAGAAGGGCGACCUGAUGAAGCGCACCAAGCUGGCGGACACGCUGCGCGUCGUCGCCAAGGAGGGCGGCAGGGCGCUGCACAGCGGCUCGCUCACGGCGGGCUUCGUCAAGGACCUGCAGGACUUCGGCUCCAUCGUGACGGCCGAGGACCUCGCGAGCUACGAGCCGCGACUCAUCGAGGACCCCCCCGUGGCCCCGCUCCCCGGCGGCUACAAGCUGAUCGCGCCGCCGCCGCCCGGCUCGGGGCCGCUGCUGGCGCACUUCCUCAUGCUCACCGCCGACCUCAUCAAGACCCCUCUGGACGACCAGCAGCACCAGCGCAUCGUGGAGGCCAUGAAGUUCGUGUACGCGGCCAGGACCGACUUCGGCGACCAGGAGUUCGUGCCGAGCGCCAAAGCGAAAGCGCAGCAGCUCUUGGACGCCUCGUUCGCCGCGGAGAUCCGCGCCAAGAUGCAGCAGGUGGACACCCAGACGUCCCUGGACCCCGAGUUCUACGGCGCCUCCUGGUCCACGCAGGACCCCCAGGGCACCGCGCACGUAUCCGUCAUCACCGAGGACUUCGCCGUCUCCGUCACCAGCACCAUCAACACCGAGUACGGCUCCAUGCUCGUGUCGCCGUCCACGGGCAUCAUCCUCAACAACGAGAUGGACGACUUCUCGCUGCCCGGCGUCAACUCGUACUACGGCGUGCCGCCGUCGCCGGCCAACUUCAUCCGACCCAAGAAGAUCCCGCAGUCCUCCAUGUCGCCCUCCGUCAUCCUGGACGCCGACGACAACGUGCGGAUGGUCAUCGGGGCAUCCGGCGGCACUCGGAUCAUCUCGUCUGCCGGACUUGUGACCUUGUACCACCUGUACCUCGGCAUGGGCUUGGACGAAGCCAUCCGGCUCAAGCGCUUCCACCACCAGCUCAUGCCCAUGGCAGUGCAGUGCGAGUUGGGCAUGGACGAGGAGAUGAAGAGAGGCUUCGAGAAGUACGGCCACCAGACGAUGAACCUGUCCAGGACGGCCUCGAGCGUCAUGGCCAUCUCCGUGCACGGCAACAAGUACUACCCGUCCGCGGACGCCAGGAGGGAGGGCGUCACGGCCCUCAUCCCCUUAUGAGCCGCUGUGUCAGUGCCGCCGCUAUGGCGAGACAUUUUUCGAAAAGUUAGAGGACGGUCAAGUGAGAGGCUAACUAGUCCUAUGGCGAUGAACGCUUGUGUCCACACGCGCUCUUUUAUCUGACUGUGAUAAUCAUCACGCAAAGUGCUAUUUCGUGCCGCAUGUAGUUUUACAUUUGUAUGAAAUGACUAUGUCGGCGCACCCGACUGCAUUUUUGUGAUACAUUUCGAUCGAGAAAUUUGAUGUCUCGGUUGUAUUUAUUAUGACGCAUUUACUGUGUGUGUAUGUGGCGUUUGUGUGUGUAUUUGUGUGUGUGAGAGAGCAUGUACGUGUGUGUGUGUGAGCGUGUACGUGUGUUUGUGUACAGUUCUGGUGUCUGGAAGCAGUGCAACAUAAUGUGAAAUGUAAAGACUUUGCACGACUAGCGUAGCAAGAUUUGUUUUUCUUUUUAGCGUCGUAUUAUUUGCCGGUACUCUGAUGCUCAACACUGUGUCGUGUUAACAUCACCGUAAAGCAUGACAACGCUGCUCGUGCCAAUAAUCCUUAGUUUGUUUAGAAGAAAAUCAUAUGUAAAUUACGAGGGAAAAUGAACAGGAUUUUAGUUGAA